UUAUAUCUUUUUAGCCACACAAAAAAAUAAAAAAAUAAAUUAGUUAGAAAAAAAAAAAAGAGUGAAAAUAAUUGGAAGAAGAAAAAUGGAUGAAGAAAAAGAAAAGGGUUCUAUUGUAAUGGAUACUCCUGAAAGAACCCAGAUAGCUAAUCCACUUUCUAGAUUUGAGGACUCUCCGGUGUUCAAUUAUAUCAACAGCCUUUCGCCAAUAAAGCCGGUUAAAUCGAUGCACUUUACUCAGACAUUUGGCUCUCUGAGCUUUGCAUCCCUUCCAACUGUUUUCACUUCGCCUCAUGUCAGUUCACUCAAAGAUUCUAAGUUCCUUAGAAGGCAUCAGUUUUCUGACCAGUCAAAACCAGAGCUCACUUCCGAGGAUACAAAUAAAGCUGAAACCAGUGAAGUGGAUAUAAACACUGCUCAAAACUCAUCAAAGCAGCAUACAAAUUUUGUUUCCAUUAAUUCUAUUAGGGAAACUUCCGUUGUAUCACUAAAUGGCUGCUCAAAUUUCGAAUCAAGAAAACUGAGUUUUGAUGCUGCCAGUCCCAACUCCAUGAGUACGCUAAAAAUGGUGGGCUCAUCAGUGUCAACCAUUCAAUAUAUCAAUAAUGGUUUUACACAUGGCCCGUUGAGAAUUGAAACAGAAGUUGAAGGGAUAGAUGCACUCCAUCAUGGUAAAGAUGAAGCAGGAUGUGAAUGUGAUUGGGACAGUUUGAUAGAUGCUUCGGAGUUGCUCAAUUUCGAGUCACCUAGUGAUACAGUGCCCUAUAAGGGUCCUGGUCAAAGCACAUUAGAUCAUACUAGUUUUAAUAUGUUGGUUGAGAAUGUGAAACCCGAAGCUAAUGUUGAUAAUUCUUUAGAAAAGAGUGAAGGUCUUGAGGUGCAUGAAAACCAUGUAACGGAUGCUAGUACUUCUGUAAACAAUAAUGAUGCUGGAGAGCCAGCUGAGGGUACGGAUAAUGAGGGCGGAUCAAAUUUAUAUCGUGGCAUGAGAAGACGGUGUCUAGUGUUUGAGAUGACAGGAUCUCGAAGGAAGCACUUUGAAGAUGUCUCAAGUGGUGGUUCACUAAAUUUAUCAGAAAACAACGAAACUAUUCUUCCCAACGAUAACCAUUUACUUCCAUUAAGGACUGGAAAUGAUUCCUCUCGAUGUAUUUUACCUGGAAUUGGUUUACAUUUAAAUGCUAUUGCUUCGAAUUUAGUUGAUCACAAAACUGUUAAGCAUGAGAGCUUGGGUUCGGGUAGACAACUUACAAUAGCACCUUCUCCUGGUGUUUAUGGUUCCAUGGUUUCUGGCCAAGAUAAUAUUACAAGAAUGUCUGAUGCAUCCUCUAUGGAGAAUGAUACUGGGCUUUGUCAAAAUGGAGUCUCAGUUGCAGAAGAUGCUUCCCAAACACUCGGAUUUGGAAUCAGUGAAGAUUUAAGUCAAAGUCAAACUAGCCCGAGAAAGAAAAGGCGUAGAGAAGCUGGAGAAGCCGAAGCUUGCAAGCGCUGUAACUGUAAGAAAUCAAAGUGCUUGAAGCUUUACUGUGAAUGCUUCGCCGCUGGUGUCUACUGUGUGGAACCAUGCUCAUGCCAUGAUUGUUUUAACAAACCGAUACAUGAAGAUACAGUGCUUGCAACUCGCAAGCAGAUUGAAUCCCGCAACCCUCUUGCAUUUGCUCCUAAAGUGAUUAAAACGACUGAUUCCAUGCAAGAGGAUGAAUCUAGUAAUACUCCAGCUUCAGCUAGGCAUAAAAGAGGAUGCAAUUGCAAAAAAUCUGGUUGUUUGAAGAAGUACUGUGAAUGCUUUCAGGGUGGUGUUGGAUGCUCCAUUAACUGUAGAUGUGAAGGGUGUAAGAAUACAUUUGGUCGCAAGGAUGGUUUCGAAAUGGAUCCAGAUGUCAAUGCAGUGGAUGAGUGUGAAGGGAACGGAACUGAUGGAAACUUACAGAUGGUAUUGCAUAAUGAGGCAGAUCUAAUUUCUGCAACUCCUGCAACACCUUCACGUUUUGGCAGGCAGUCUGUUCCUUUGACGACUUCCUCGAAGGGCAAACCACCACGGGCUUUUCUUGCAAUUGGGUCAUCCUCAUCCUCCCAAAGAUUUGGAAAGUUGAAUCCUUUCAAGAUUGGCGGUGGAAAUAAGCUUGAUAAGCAACUUCAAACUGUUGGUGAAGAUGAGAUGCCCUCGAUUCUAGAAGACAACAACGGUUCACCAAUUAGUGGCGUGAAAUCUUGCUCACCAAACAGCAAGAGGGUUUCGCCGCCACACUCAGGCGGCAUGGGACAAAGAAGCAGCCGAAAGUUGAUUUUACAAUCUAUCCCUUCAUUUCCAUGUCUUACUCCCAACCCUAAGCAAUAAUGCAAUUCAAGCACCUUGCUUGUCUUCAUUAUGAAAAUGGGUGGAUUAUGUUCCUUUAGUCUCUCUGUGUAGUUUUUUUUUUUCUUUCUUUUUUUCCUUUCCUUUUUGGUGUUUUAGUUGUUUGAUUACUUAUUCAGCUUAUAACUCUGCAUGUAAAAUAAUAAUAUGAUGUUCUUAGUUGUGCUUAUCAUAAAACAAAUACAUUAGUACAAUCCAUAGCUUUUAUAAA